UGUCCAGCACUAUACUUUGGUUGCACAUGUGAUUGAUGGGCUACAGCAGUGCUAUUAAGUAAUACAUUUGUUUCUAACUCCAGCAGUGACAUUUUGUGGAGAAUAGAUCUGCUGUCAUCUAGACAGCAGUCUGAAAUUAAGAUAAUGAGACAGACAAAUCAGUUCCACAUUCUUUGCUUUAGAACUGUGUGAAGAAGAUGACUUUAAGCAAAAGUCUGUUCCUCGGUAAAAGUGUGUUCCUGCAAAACAAAGAAAGAAUUUUAAAUUAUGAUGAAGGCACAGUAAUAAAGCCAGCUGGCUUUUUUCUCCGAUUUUCAGUUUUUCUCAACACUGUUGCUGAGCAGUAGGCAAAACACGCCUCCUGUUGUCUGGUAUUUUUGCACACACAGGCAGCAUUCAGUCCUGCGAACAGAGUGUAAGCACUGCAGAUCUCUGACUGCACAGUCUGCAUGAAGUGGAAGGGACGACAAGAGAAUAACUUUUGUCAAGUGUGCUGAUGGAGUAAGGCUCAGCAUCCAAACAGUGAUCUAGAGGAACGGGUUGAUCCAAGUGGCUAUGAUUCAUCCAAGACUCUCAGACCAUAUUGUAAUAGGUUCAUGUUUAUUUCUUUUUCCUUAAUUACCAAAGAACAUAAGGAUGGAAACUGCUACAUGAAUUUGGCUAGGGAACCAGCAUUCUGAAGAGUUCUGACCUCAAGCCCAGGAUGAACUACGUAACAGACAGAAAAGAAGUCACAUGUCACAUUGUUGUUCUGCUCCCCAUUUACCACUGCUUUCUGCUAAGCAUAGUCUUGACUCCGGACAUUUAAACUGAUCAUUCUCUUCCUUCAGUGCCUCACAUCAAUCUCCAUCUGUGCAGAAAUUGCAUUAUUGACAGUUAUGCAGGGGCUCUGGCAGGAUGAGGUCGCCUUGCAGCACUAAGUGAGAUUGACACUUCACUACCUACAUCUUGCCGCUUAGUUUCUUGGUUCCUUGUUUAACUUUAUGCAGACCAAGACAGAACUGGCACUACUCUUUAUAUGCUACGGGGUUAAAACUUCUGGAUUAUUCUUUUAGACAGUUUAUGCUGCAGCUCCAGUGUGACGCUGCAAUUAUAAAAACUAUGAAGAAAUGGAUCUAGUAAAACUUGUUACAACUGUACUUGCAAUAUGCAUUAUCCCAGCUAAGGGAUCAAGAUUUUUUGAUGAGGACCAUCUUCCAAACAGAGAGGACCUUCUUCCUAACAGAGGUCAGGCAGUGUGUCGAGGAGGAACACAAAAGCCAUGUUACAAGGUUGUUUAUUUUCAUGAUGUAUCACGUAGGUACAGUUUUGAAGAGGCUCACCAUGCCUGCAGGAGUGAAGGUGGAUACUUGGUCAGUAUUGAGUCAGAAAAUGAGCAAAAAUUGAUUCAACAAAUCAUACAGGGACUGGGUGCUGGCGAUGGAGACUUCUGGAUAGGUCUCAGAAGAAAAGGAGACAAAAUGGAGAAUUCUGGAAAUUGUCCUAGUCUAUAUGCAUGGAUGGAUGGCAGCAACGCCAAAUUUCGAAACUGGUACAUUGAUGAGCCUUCUUGUGGCAGUGAAGUGUGUGUUGUCAUGUAUCAUCAGCCUUCAGCAUCUGUGGGGCCUGGAGGUCCUUACAUGUUCCAAUGGAAUGAUGACAGAUGUAACGUGAACAAUAAUUUUAUAUGCAAAUAUUCUGAAGAAAGAAUUAUUACUUCAUCAACAACUGUUACAAAUUCCUCCCAUGUUGAUGUUACAACAGAAUCAUUAAGACCUAAAUACUCAGACGACUCCACUGUAGAUACAGAUGAUAAAGUAACAGAAUCCAAAGAUAAUAUGUUGAAUAUCAUUUACAUCCUGGUCCCAACUAUACCAUUGUUGUUCCUGCUUGCAGUUGCUACUACGUUGUUUUGCUUCUGGCUUUUCAUGCGAAGAAAAGAAAGAACAGAAAUAAGCACAAAGGAAUAUCAUUUCUGGAUGUCUCCACUAAGAAGCAAUAGUCCCAAUCUAGAGAUUUACAAUGUAAUUAGGAAGCAAAAUGAUGCUGAUUUAACAGGUACAAGGCCAGACACCAAAAACAUUUCAUUUCGUACAUCCACAGGAGACAAUAUGUCUGACAAUUUGUCUGGAGAAUAUGACAAUAUGGCAGGAAAUACAUCAGAGAGUGGAUGUGGGACUCUAGCUAGUGCAGAGAGUGGAUUUGUAACUAAUGAAAUCUACGAAAUAUCUACUGACCAGACUGGGAAAAGCAAGCAGUCAGGGUGGGUAGAAAAUGAAAUAUAUGGAUGUUAAAUAACAAUGGGAAAUAAUGACUCAACCAUAUAAGAAAUGAAUUGUGCAUCUUUAUUAUUGUAUUUUAUAAUCAAUGUUUGCAUUCUAAAGUAUUGUGUUUUGUACGGAGUUAUUAUUUCUUGUUGUAAAUGAAUUUAUCUGAAAGGACAAAAGCUUAAUAAAAAUCAAAUGU